AUGGUUUGCUCCAUCCUGUCCAAUCGACCGUUCAGUACCCCGACACUCCUGAUCCAAGAGGUGCCCUCCAUCCAACCAUUUUCCCCGCUUAUCCGAGCAUUGAUCAUGAGGAUGUGUUCUGUGGCCCAGUUGACAAUGGAUGCGGCGUGCACGCGUUUAGUGGGAGGGAUUAUCCACCAAGUAGGGCAAGUGGCUGAGGCUAAGGACUGCAAUUCCAUCCAGCCUCAGUCAUCCGCUCAGUGCACACACGGAGGACAAGCCAGGGGCUGCACAUUCGCCCCAUACGAUCAAAAGAAAACCUUAAUAGAAAUGGUCAAGUACGCGGGACAACAACGACAGGACGACGAGCGGAACAACUGCGAGCUUGUGUCGGAGGAGCGCGGUGCGUUCACUGACCUGCGGGAUUCGGGAGAUGUGUCCGACUGCUCGCUGGGCGACGCGUCGGACACCAGGUGCUCCGCCAUGGACACGUUUAUGAAGAACGUGCAAGUGUUGCUGGACGCCGCACAUUACAUCGAUAAUGUGGAUAAGAACAGUGGAAAAUGUGAGCAUGGUUAUGCUUCGACCUACCCUGCCAAUGAAUUGGUACACCCACAAAAACAUCGUAAAUUCAACAAGAACAAGAAACUGGACAAUAUUCACAAUAGGUCGGCCCACAAUGAACUGGAAAAGAAUAGACGAGCUCAUCUCCGCCUGUGUUUGGAAAGAUUGAAGUCGCUCAUCCCUUUGGGACCUGACUGCAGUCGGCACACCACACUUGGACUCCUCAACAAGGCCAAAGUGCACAUCAAGAAACUGGAAGAGGUUGACCGAAGGAGUCAGCACCAGCUGGACACGCUGGAACGGGAGCAGAGGUACUUGCAGAGGCAGCUGGCCCAGCUGCAGACGCUUGGAGAAAGGGACCGCAUCCGCACGGACAGCCUGGGCUCACCCACUGACUCCGACCGCUCUGAAUCGGACCGAGAGGAAAUCGAAGUGGAUGUGGAGUGCACUGAUUUCUCUCUUGGAGAAAUGGACAGCGUGAGUAGUGGGGGAGCGAGUGACCUGGACGACCAGAGCAGCAGGCAGAGCUCGGUUAGCGACGAGGGCUACUCCACCUGCAGUGUCAAAGCGGCCUUCUCGGCUUGAGGCUUGUCAUGCUGUGCUCCCUCACUGUUCCCCAAAAACAACACUAUUUUAUGGCUUUAAACAGGGGUGGGGAACCUAUGACAUGCGUGGCAGAAUCUGAUUCUCAAUAGCAGAACUAUGUGAAAAAAUCUCAUAACAUUCAAUAAUUUUGUACCAUAUUUAUUGUCACUAAGGUUGCCUAUGUUCGCUGAUUUUAGGUGGUGGCACGGCACACCCUCAAAAUCCAAUCACAGCAAUACAAAAUCUAGUGAACGGUGAAUAUAAUUGGGUGAGCACAACAAGCGCAAAAAUUAAAUUUAAAGUGAUGGAAUUGGAAAAGGAAGAGGCAAACAAACAUUAACCAGUUACAGAUAUGUACUCUUCCGAUAAUUUGGGGGAUUCUAGCAACCACCAACAAGUGUGUUUAAUUGAACUUGAACGGGAUGCAUGCCAAUCAGGCGGGAGCUAUUGUCAGACUCAUCAUGCGCUAAAAUAAUAUAAAUGCACUAAAAGGCAGAGAUGAACGGCAGUGAUAUGCAUUGCUCCUUCUUGUGACAGGCCAAAGAUUUAGCCUUUAUUUCAUUCUUGUUUCUGGCAUUUGAAAAAUAUUUUCACAAGAUUAAAAGAGCUCCACAAAGCUUUUCAUUUUGCUUGAGAUCAGUUGGUUAGAUUGUAGGCACAAAAUUAUCCACACCAAUGGCGUACCGCACGCAGGCUAUUUUUAGACCGUUACGUCGCAUCGUAAAGCGGAAGUAAAGCCGAAGUGGGACAUUAUAGACCCGCCCUCGCAUAGACCCAACGUAAAAAGUGCUACUUUUCGCCGGUAAUCUUUCAAAAACGAACAUGCCGAUCACGCAUUGCUAUUUUGGAACUUGUAGAAACGACUCUAGACAUUACAACCAUGAAGGAUGUUUUCUUCAUACGUUCCCGGAAACAAAAAACGUGAAGACCGAAUCAACUUGCGCGGACUUUAACACCAGCUCGGCGAAUCCAUUCACGUUUCAUAUGCAGCAAACAUUAUGUUGGGUUGGCAUGGUCUUUCAGAGGGCAAAGAGGUAAGCCAUUUUUAUAUUUUUUUAGCGUAACGUUGUGCCGUACUGCUUCUGUCUGACAAUGAAUGACCUGAAAAAAAUUACAAUGGCAGUGACUGCCACUGUUACAGUUUCUGUUAUAUAUAUAUAUAUAUAUAUAUAUAUAUAUAUAUAUAUAUAUAUAUAUAUAUAUAUAUAUAUAUAUUAAAAAAACAACUUUAGUAAGGGGGAAGGUUAAAUAAAUUAUAGGAUUAAGAUGUGUUAUCAAUGAAAAAAUUAAAUGUGUUCGUUGGCUGUCACUGAGUAGCAUUUGUGAUCGCUACACAAAGCUAACUAAAUUACCCCCAAGAACGGUAAGAGACGUAGGACAACCAGAGGAUAUAUAAGAAAGACAGGGCUGAUGGUAAAGGAUAGCUUGUUGAAACCGGAGAUGUCAUUGUCAGUCGCGUCGAUAAAAACAAGCUAAAGCUAUGCUUAGGUCGGCUCGUUUUUUUCGUCUUUUUCAGCCUUCGACACGAAAGCCAUUUCUUUAACUGAACAUUUUUAUGUUCUUCCACAUCUAUGCCAGUCAGUUUGGCACCAGGCACAUCCUUUUCAGAGAGAAUUGGUAGGUUUAGCGCUGUAAACAUCUCCUUCGUACACGAUUUCCAUUCAUUUCCUAUUAGGGACAAACGGUGGCUUGUCCUUGCUUAGCAACAGUAGCUAAUGUCAUGAAUAUUAAUGAGCGGAAGUGACGUGUUGCUUGCGGUACGCCAUUCAGCUCAUGUUUGAUCAUUCACAUGACUAAAUUUGCAUAUACUCCUCCCACAAUGUGGACAAUUUAGCAUAUUCAGCUCACCCAACACUGGUUGAGGUUAGUUAAUCAGACCCGAGGACUCAAAAUGGCCUCGAUAGGAAAAAGGUUCCCUACUCCUGACUUUACCAAUCACCAGCCUAUAGCUCAACAAACCCCUCUCACGUGUCCACCUAAGAACCAGCCUUAAGCUCAACUCCAACCUAAACCUGAAUGUCUAUCGUCCCGUGACCAGCCACAAUCAAAAAUGGAGGCACCAACAGGUAAAUGUCUACCCUUCAACCAAUCAAAUGGGUCCUCUUAUAAACCAGCAAAAAAAAAGGCCACAAAUACCAGCUUGACAUUUGCUCCAUUUGCCUUGUUUAAAAAAAAAAAAAAACGACAAAAAAAACCCUUAUUCCUUGUUGAAUGGCUACAACGUCUGCAUUCCAAAAUGUGUUUUGAAACACAAAAUCUGCUUUUAGUAGUCAGAGCCACAAGCAUCACGUUUCUACAAGUUAGGUGUUCUAAUUUAUUUUGCAUAGUAUUUAUUUUUUCUGCUAUAUUUAAUUGUGCUACAACUGAGUGGUGGAAAUGUAGAAAAAAAUACCUCCCCUUUUAUUGCAUUAGUAUAACAUAUUUAUUUUCACCUCCAUUUAGAAAUAAGCUAUACUACACUUGUCUGCGCACAAGGCGAAAAAGCAAUAACGUACAUCUAUCAUUUUUUUCAACAUUGCUUUUGUCCGUCCAUAAGCUAAUACUGUUAGUAUUCAACUUUCAAGACUAGUGAUUUAAGUAAAAGAUUGUAAAUUCUUUUCAAAGGCUACAGCGCAUGUGUGUUGAAUGUUGUAACGUGCUUUGGAUUAUUGACAAAGCUUUGAAAAAAAAAAAAACAUCUGUAGCAUGAACAAAGCCCUUAAUUUUGGGGGGGGAUUGUUUUUU